UCAUCUCCUCCCUGGACGAUGCGGGAACCGGGUGGAAGAGGCAUACGAGAGUCUAUGGAGGCGGAGUCUGCCUUGCCUGCGCAGCAUCGGGUGACGAUGGCCACACCCAUGGCGGUUUCUAUGGAGAGAACGUCUUGCCAGAAGAGAAGCGCUACUAAAACGAAAGAGAAUGGCAGUCCUGCGUUGAAACGAGAAAGAGAGAGUGGUCUAUCUAAUCAGGGUCGAUGAUACCAUUGGGACGGGUCCUUUUCCUCUGGGACGUAAAGUGGCGAUAGACGCAAGCGGAGCUUCAUCAGCAUCACGGCGGCGGCACAAAAUGGGUUUGGUAUACACUCUCAUAUCGGGGAGGUUCUUUCUUUCUUCACUUCGUUCAAAAUCUUACAGCAUUUUUACUCGUAUUUUCUGUUUUUUGUUGCUCAUACGGGACUUGUCUGUUCCGACUUUUGUCACGCUAUCUUAUUACAUCUUGGGUUACCGGGUAGGAGAAUGGGAGAAAGGGGUUUCUUUAUGGGAUAUAGUGGCAUGUACUGGUGGAUGGGUUCGAGGGUUUUCAUGUCUUCUCUUUCUGCAAUUUCACGCUUCACGAUGUUUAUGAGUUGAUGAUGAUUACGAUUGCCAAUGCCGAUUUCCGGUUUGGUGUUUCGACUGCUAUGUUUCUGUGUCUGUAUUGUGGAAAAUUGAGAGCAUGUAUGUAGUUGAGAGAAAGAGAUCCGGUGUAUGAGUGAGUACCUAGGUAUGCAUACAAUAUAUAUCUAAAUCCCGAAGCGAAAUCACGAGAUGAGUUUAUCGUACUUUUGCUGCCUGCUUAUACCGAUGUGAUCCCAAUCUUGGUUGCUGAAUCGCACCUCUCACUCCCUAUCUCCUGAGCCCCGUUCAGAAGAGCUGGUUCAUCUGAGGAAAGGCUCUGGUGUUAGUUGGUUCGUGCCUGGUUUCUGGGCUGGGAUGAUGGCUCUUUCUGGCGAGGUCUGCUUACAUCCCUUUUCUUCAAUUAAUUUCGCAAGCCGCGGAGACGAGUUCGGAGACACGAAAUAUCAAAACAGUCACCGUGGAAAUGGUACUGGAAGUCU